AUGAAUUUCACUAAUGAUUACCGAGUCAAGCACCAGGUGGCAAAGCAUCUUCAGCUGCCUGCUGGCAAAACUGUGGAGGGAGAGAGCGUGAAGGAAGAGCAGGUACUAAGUCGAAGUCCUUCCUCAGACACUAACUAUUUCUUCGGUCUUGAGGCUGGGCAACUACAAGGCUUGCGGGCCUGCGGGGUGCAGACUGGCUCUACCCCCAGGGGAACACAUUAUGACACGGCCCUGGGACUGGCAGCUGCUGUUGUCUGUAUUGCAUUUGUGGUAGCUGGUUGCAGUUCGCCUCUAUACCUGACGCCUCGGACCCCUGUCUCCUCCAAGUCUGAGGGGACAACUCGGAAGGCGGGGGGCGAGAUUGAACGUGCUUUCCCCCUGCCCCUUAGGCCAGAAUGGCUCCUCCACCUGCUAGUUUAUGAAAGGGAAACAUCGGCCCUUGCGAUGGCUGUGAACCUGAGGGGUUUGAAGACUGCUCUCACUUCCUGCCCGCCUUCCACCCCACAUGGUGCCGCCCCAGGACCCCGCUUCAAACAUGUAACAUCUCCUACCCAUUACACCAUUGAUGUCUCUGUCACUGACUCCAGGCUCUUUCCUCCGUCUCGAGGAUGGCCAAUUCCAAAUUUUUGUUCCAUUCGUUAUGGAGUUUCUCUCUUACUGCUCCUCUGUAAUGUUAUAAUAAUGUCACAGCGCGUGUGUAUGAGCCUCACAAUGAUAGCCAUGGUGAACAGCACAGAGCCACAUGGUUUGUCCAACACCUCCACAAAGGAGCCACAGGAUAACAUAAAGAGCCCUGUGUAUAACUGGAGCACUGAAAUCCAGGGGAUCAUGUUAAGUUCCAUCUUCUACGGUCUACUCAUCAGCCAAAUUCCUGCUGGAUAUUUAUCUGGAAUAUACUCCUUAAAGAAAAUGGUUGGUUCUGCAUUGUUCCUCAGCUCUUUAUUUACUCUGCUCAUCCCACUGGCAGCUGAAUUUGGAGAAGCUUUGGUCGUCAUAUGCCGAGUAAUCCAGGGACUAUUCCAGGGGAUAGCAUUAACAACUCAGCAAGUAGUAUGGAUCAAGUGGGCUCCUCCCUUGGAACAAGUCCGACUUACCUCUCUGAGUUUAUCAGGACUUCUGCUAGGACCCUGUGUUGUCCUACUUAUAACUGGAUUCAUCUGUGACUCCCUGGGAUGGCCUAUGGUCUUUUAUAUUUUUGGUGCUUGUGGUUGUGCCUUAAGUCUUCUCUGGUUCGUUCUGUUUUAUGAGGACCCAAAGGACCACCCGUGUAUAAGCAAAAGUGAGAAGGAAUACAUCAUGUCCGCCCUCGCUCAGCAGGUCAGUUCAAGUGCACCAUCUCUGCCCAUCAAGGCUAUGCUUAAGUCUCCUCCACUCUGGGUCAUUUCCCUCUGUAAUUUUGCUUUUUUCUGGGCAACUAGCUUCCUGAGUCUGUAUACACCAAUGUUUAUCAACUCCAAGUUUCAUCUUAAUGUAAAAGAGAAUGGGCUGCUGUCUUCCCUCCCCCAUUUGUUUGCCUGGAUUUUUGCUAUCCUAGCAGGUCAUAUGGCAGACGUCUUCCUGUCCAGGAAUAUUCUCAGCCUACUCACUAUCCGGAAACUCUUCACCUUGCUAGGACUUCUCCUGCCUGCCAUCUUCAGCCUGGGCCUGCUUUACCUGAGUUCCAGCUUCCAUAGCACUAUGAUUUUCCUGAUACUUGCUAAUGCAACAGGAAGCUUUUGUAUGGGUGGAAUAUUAAUAAAUGUCUUGGAUAUUGCUCCCAGAUAUUAUGGAUUUCUUAAAGGAUUUACAAAUGUAAUUGGACUAACAGGAGGGCUAGUUUCUUCCACUGUGACGGGAGUGAUCCUUAGUCAGGAUCAAGACUCUCCCUGGCUUAAAAUCUUCUUCAUGAUGGUAGUCAAUAAUGUGAUAAGCCUAAUCUUCUACCUUAUAUUUGCUAAAGCAGAAAUUCAAGACUGGGCUAAACAAACACAAAACACUUAUCUCUGA